AGUCUGAAUUAUUAUUUUGGUUAUGCUGGAUAUAUAUAUACUGUAUUAAUUUAGCUAGGUGGAGUACAAUAAUAAUAUCGAAGAUACUCUAGUCUCACUGGAAUGGGACGUGUGAGUGUGAGAAGCAGAUCGAGCAUCAGAGGGGGCAGAUCCGGUAGAGUCUGUGUGUAGUGCUUUGCCUUGAUUGGAUCAGCUAGUCCUUCGUUUGAGUCCUUAUAUAACAUUGAUAGUACCAGAUCGAUCUGGAGUACUUCCUAAUUGCAUGAUAGAUGACAGUUAAGGCAGCCCAGCCACCAACACCACCAAACAAUAUCAUGCAUGCAAUUUAAUUAGGAUCAGAGCCACAGGGGAGUAAUAAUAAUAUAUACUUCUAGUCAGUCUAUAUACUGUACGAGUGUGCCUAGCUAGGAGUACAUGCAUAUUUUGUUCCAGAUUAUCGAUGGUGGACAGGACAGGAGCCAACUGCAACAAGAUAUACUCAUUCUCGAUCGAUUUCUAAGAGAUACCUAGACACUUGCUCCUCCUGCUAUAAGAUGAAUAGUGUAGUAGAGAUCAUGGCGAUCAGUUACCCGCCGGAGGAUGGCCGGUACUACUGUUCUUCCGUUGCCGCCGGCGAUGAUUCACCUGCGGCCCAUCAUACUAACGCCCACGACGACUGGGACUGGGACUGGGUACCCCCACCCCCUGCUGAUGCUGCUGCUGCUGCUGCGGCGGACGACGACGACGACGAUGGCGAUCCGACUCCUGCUGGUAGUCCUGGCAGCAGGGGCGAAGACGAGGAGGAGGAGCGGCAGAGGGCGCAGAUGGUGAGCGCCAUGAACGGGCAGCUGAACAUGCUGGCCAGCCGGUUCCUGGCAUCGGCGGGCGUGGAGGAGGAGUGGCUGGAGGUGGUGACGGCGCUGUCCUGGGAGGCGGCGCUGCUGAUCCAGACCCACGCCUGCACCGCCGGCAACGACAUGGACCCGGCCUCCCACGUGAAGAUCAAGUGCGUGGCGUCCGGAAGGCGGCGGCAAAGCCAGGUGGUGCGGGGGCUGGUGUUCCGCAAGAACGCGGCGCACAAGCACAUGCCCACCAAGUGCCACCGCCCCACCCUCCUCCUCCUCCACGGCGCCCUCGGCCUCGACUCCCAUCUCGGCUUCUCCUCCUUCGACUCCAUGGAGCAGGACAAGCUCAUUCUCCGAGCCUCCAUCUCCCACAUCAUCCACACCUGCAGCCCCAACGUCGUCAUGGUCGAGAAGACCGUCUCCCGCGACAUUCAGGAGCUCCUCCUGCACCACGGCGUCACUCUGCUGCUCGACAUGAAGCUCCACCGCUUGCAGAGAAUCGCUCGCUGUUCCGGUGCUCCCUUGCUCUCCUUCUCCCAGCUUCUCCAUGAUUGCCCCAACCACCUCAAGCACUGCGACUACUUCCACAUCGACAAGUUCUUCGAGGACCAUAACACCACCACCACUACUAGUGCUGCUGCCCUGAACAAGCCAUCUAAAACAUUGAUGUUCUUGGAAGGCUUUUCCAACCCAUUGGGAUGCACCAUACUGCUCAGAGGCGCAAGCACCCAAGAACUGAAGAAAAUCAAGCAAGUCUUGCACUACACAAUAUUCGCUGCAUACCAUCUGGUUGUUGAGACAUCCUUCUUUGAAGAUCAGAGGGUAUUCUUGAAUGAUACAAAUGUUGACGGGACACCACAAAUCACUCAUCAGACUUCCAUUGUCUCAAAUCGUUCACUUCCUACUGAUUAUGAUGUCACUUGUACUAGCAGGGGAUCAUUACUGGAAUACCAUGAUGGGGAUCACAAGGCUACAGUUCCUUUCACAAAUAAACCAGACUCGUACACACAAGAUGAGGGUACAGCCAUCCACUGUGAAGCACCUCCAUCUGAAAACCUGCUGUCCUCAGUCUCCGGAUCACUCAGAAGAUUCAUUGAUAUAUUCCGUUAUCAGAAUAUUUAUUUACCUGUAACUUCUUCUCAAGAUACAACUGGUCAUCAGAAUGAACAAGAUACUGAAACCAGCCAAGAAACGGCGUCUGAUACCUUAACAAAGGAUCAUUCUUGUGAGUAUAUGGAUCAGUUAAAUGAUCUCCAGGAACAAGUAUUCGCCAAAACCAACCAAAAAAUGUCACAGCCUGAUCCUUUCGGUACUGAAAAACAUCAGCAGAAUGUGGAACAGUACAGGGCCGGCGAAAAUAUAAAUUCAGACACAGAUGAGGCUGAUGAUGUAAUGGAUUCUCAGAGCAUACUCAUCUUGUUAUCCAGCCAAUGUGUUACGAAGCAGGUUGUCUGUGAGGAGAGCCAUCUAUACCGCAUAAACUAUUAUGGGAAUUUCGAUGUCUCCUUAGGACGAUAUUUGCAAGACAUUUUGCAGAAUCAGAACCUAAGCUGUUCCUCAUGUGGAGAGCCUCCAGAUGCUCACAUGUACUCUUACACCCACCGCAAUGGAAAUCUAACUAUUAAUGUGAGGCGUUUGCUGCCUCAGCAUCAUUUGCCUGGUGAAUCUGAAGGAAAAAUUUGGAUGUGGACUAGAUGUCUAAGAUGUGAGCAUGAGAGAGGGAUAUCCAAAUCAUCUCGGAGAGUGCUAAUAUCAACUGAAGCGCGUAAUCUCUCCUUUGGCAAGUUCCUUGAACUCAGUUUCUCAAGCCACUCUGCUGCUAGAAGGCUAUCAGUUUGUGGGCAUUUGGUCAACAGGGACUGCUUGCGAUAUUUUGGGUUGGGUUCCAAAGUUGCAAAGUUCCAAUAUUCAUCAGUUGAAAUUUACACUGCCUGCAAACCGCAACGAACCCUUGAGUUUCACAAUCCCGAUAUGCGUGAGUGGUUCGAGCAAGAGGGAAGAAAUGUUCUUGCGAGAGGAGUUAAGCUUUUCUAUGAAGUUUCUAGCUUAAUACAGCACAUGAAGAUUUUCUCUGAGGUGGCAAUUAACUGUGGAGACUCUCUUCCUGUCAAAGAAGUUUCCCAACUUGAAGAGAUGCUAAUUGAAGAAAAAGCUCAGUUUGUGGAUUCUCUGGUGAAGGCUGUUGAUGAAAGCGGGAUGUCUAGCUCCUCUGUGAAUGAGAUUCUUGGUGUAAAUUGUCUCUACCAGGAUCUUCUGAUUCGACUGUACGUGUGGGACCGUCGUUUCCAUCAAAUUGUUGAGUGUAAGUCUGGAAGAAUGGCUAAUUGUGUCGGCAAGAAGGAAGCUGCUGAAUUUGCCGGUGAACCAGCUGCAACUGGUGAAAGUGCAGUGCCCUUUGAGAAUGGAUAUAUCAAGGAAAUGCAGUACAGCAGCGAAACCUUAACUGAUGAAAAUUCACGGCGUGAGGAGCAACAUAUCACAAAAGUGCCUUCUUUCAGAGUCUUGGAAGGUACAGAUACGCAGUUGAUAAAUCCUGAAUGUGGGGAUAACAGGGAAACAUGGAUUUGGAGUCCAUUGCACGAGUUAAGAGAGAGUUACAGGCAUGAACUGCAGGCCGGGUAUUUGGAAAGAUUCGAACUUGUCAACAACUAUUCUCCAUCUCAUCUAUCCCCCCUGCACAAACAAUCAUCUGCUGAGUUCAUAGUUGGUCCAGGUGGCAAUGUGUUGUGCAUAUCAGAGGAUGAAAUAUCCAGCAUAAUAUCCCGCGCACUGGCCAUAUCGGAGGAACGUCGCCAUCUUUUACUAGAUGCUCUCAUGGUUGAAGGUGAGGCAGCCUACAGCAGGGGGAGUGAGAGCUCUAAGAUGGAGAAAUCUUACAGCUCAUUAUCUGAAGCUUCUUCGGCCUCUUCGUCGUGGUCAUCUAUUGGAUCUUCAGACUCAGAUGCAAGCUUUUCAUCUGACGACCUCUUCUCCAGCUAUGAUAGCUCACUUCUGUCAUCCUUACUUCAUCCUGAAGUAUCUGUCAAUGGGAAAUCAUCUCUCAAAGGGAAAUACUCGGUUAUUUGUGUACAUGCCAAUCAGUUUUACACCCUUCGGAAGAAAUGCUGCCCAUCUGAGCUUGCAUAUAUCACUUCCUUGAGCCGGUGCAUGAAGUGGGAUGCUCAAGGUGGAAAAAGUAAGGCUUUCUUUGCAAAAACAUUGGAUGACAGGUUCAUCAUCAAGCAAAUAAAGAAGACAGAGUUUGAAUCCUUCAUAGAAUUCGCACCCGAUUACUUUAAGCAUGUGUAUCAUUCUCUCGACACUGGGAGCCAAACUUGUCUUGCCAAAAUUUUAGGAAUCUAUCAGGUUAAGCAAAUCAGACAUGGCAAGGAAGUGAAGCUUGAUCUGAUGGUGAUGGAAAAUCUUCUCUUCGGACACAAAUUGUCAAGGAUAUAUGAUCUCAAAGGUGUUGUUUUCUCCAGACAUGUCUCUGAUUCGAAUGACCAUGGAACUGUUUACUUGGAUCAAAACUUUGUCGAUGAUAUGCGUGUUUCCCCUAUAUAUGUUGGUGGAAGAACGAAACAUCUCUUGCAGCGGGCAAUCUGGAACGACACAGCUUUUCUCACUUCAAUUAAUGUUAUGGACUACUCGUUACUGGUGGGAGUGGACAAAGAAAAGCAUGAGUUUGUAUUUGGCAUCAUAGAUUACCUAAGGCAGUAUACAUGGGACAAGCAACUGGAGACGUGGGUGAAAACUUCUUUGGUAGUGCCAAAGAAUGCUUCACCAACAGUAAUCUCACCCAAAGAGUACAAGAAGAGGUUUAGGAAGUUCAUGGCCAAGUAUUUCCUGACAGUUCCAGACGAUUGGAGUACAUAGAUAGAAACGUCUGGGGUCCUGCAAAUCCUGUCCAUUAUCUGUUUUGUUUGUACACAGUAGAAUGGAACGCUCACUUGUUUAAAGUUCUCCAAUAGUUUGCAGUUUUAAGGCAAAAUUUUGGAGCGAGGCCCAAAUACAUGAUCAAAAUCAUUGAUCCCUCACAUGUAUUGGUUACUGGUUUGUGGUAGAAAAAAAAGUUUGUAUCAAUGUCUUGUUGGUUAAUGUGGUAGAGGGAGAUUGUUUAA